UGAUGAGGACGAGUUGAGGAAAUCACUCUCGGAGCUGGUAGAUGACAAAUUUGGAGCCAGUGCGAAGAAAGUGACAAGGAUUGUUGACAGCAGCAACCCCUUCCUGGACAUCCCCCAAGCGUUGAACGCAGUCACCUACAAGCACGGUGUCCUCACGCGUAAAACCCAUGCAGACAUGGAUGGGAAGAGAACUCCCAGAGGAAGAAGAGGUUGGAAGAAAUUUUAUGCUGUGCUUAAAGGGACCGUCCUUUAUUUACAAAAGGAUGAAUAUAAACCUGACAAAGAUCUCUCUGAAGUGGAUCUAAAAAAUGCCAUCCGUGUGCACCACGCCUUAGCCACGAAAGCCUCUGACUACAGCAAGAAGUCCAAUGUGCUCAAGCUGAAGACAGCUGACUGGAGAGUCUUCCUCUUCCAGGCCCCAAGUAAUGAAGAAAUGCUCUCCUGGAUCCUGCGGAUCAACCUUGUUGCUGCCAUUUUCUCUGCCCCAGCCUUUCCAGCUGCAAUCUGCUCUAUGAAGAAGUUCUGCCGCCCACUCCUGCCUUCGUCCAUGACCAAGCUGUGCCAGGAGGAACAGCUGAGGUCUCAUGAAAAUAAAAUGAAGCAGAUUGCAGAUGAAUUAGCAGAGCAUAAAUUACAUCCUGUAGAGAAGAGCCUCAAGUCAAAAGAGGCUGAGGAAUACAGACUCAAAGAACAUUACCUAAUAUUUGAGAAGAGCCGCUAUGACACAUACAUCAACCUGCUGUGCAUGAAGAUAAAAGUCGGGACAGAUGACCUGGAGAAAAUUGAAACCAGUUUCUUCAAGGUGGAAGCUGACGACAUUGCUUUGCGCAAGACACAUUCAAGUCCUUCCUUGAGCCAAGGGCACAUGUCCAUCAGCUGUAAGGCAGAAAAAGACAUUUUAGAGCAGAAUACUUAA